ACCCAGCAGGCGGCAGUUGGAAUAAACAAUUCCUUCGAAGCCAAGAUGGUGGUACAGUGGUGGCGGCUCUCGUCCCUCUUUUUCUCCUUUGUUUGGUUUAUUUUGGUUGAGGCAGCGCCGAGGCAGCUGGACAAGGAGAAUAUAAACAUCAACCUGACGGCGCUUGGGGAUUCAGGACAAGAGACCAUCCGACUUCAGAUAAAAUUUAACAUCUCCGUGAUUGGAGGGCAAAUAUUUGUGAAUGACAUUCCUGUGAAGUUGUCAGGAGUGACAAGACUCUCCUGCCAGGCAUGGCUGUUGGAGCACAGCAAUGGCUCCAGGCCUGGCCUUGCUGUUACUGCCGUGACCCGGGUUCUGGUCCGCCAGUGGCCCUUGGAGAGCGAUCCCAAGGUGGAGCUGCUGGUCUUCAAUGAGGAGGUCAUUGAAGUGGAUGGGAAAAAGGUCCAACAGACAGAUAUGUAUGAGGUGAACAUACUGAUGAAUCAAAACUUCCAGAAACUGAGACGGACAACAUACUCAUACCCACUGCUGGAGAGCAUGCUCUUCAGCAUUCCCAGGGAGAGGGAUGUGGUAGUUACUGAUCCAAAUUCACCGAAGAAAGGUGAGGACCAAGGCAUAGUACACACAACCAGCCACUACCCCCUUAAACAAGCAGAGACCACUCAGGAGGAGACGGCAGCCCCAGGCAAGCUGCCCGAGACCCCCCUGCGCAUGGACCCUUCCACCUGGUACGAAGAGGACACGACCGCAGAGGAAGAGACUCUCCCAGACAAGCUGCUCCCUGAGACACCUCUCAGAUCGGAGUCCAUGUCUUCCUACAACGCCGUGUGUCGGUGGGUAGAGCAGCUAAGGGAUCGGCUGAAGCGCUUCUGGAGUGAAUCCCUCCCUGUCUUCUUCCUGGUCAUGUGGGUCGUUGUGGUUGGCGUCACAGGGUCAGCGGUCAUCAUCAAAAUACUGGACGUGAUCUUCCCCACCUGUGACAGCAAAGGAAUCCUGUUGCUAAACCCUGUGACUCUGUUGCCUGAGGAGGACAAACAGUGUUUGUUGGAGAACAUGGAGGAGGAGACACAAACGGAGAAGCAGCCGUGAAGAAGGCCUUUGCAAGAUGGCCACCUGUCGCUAGUAGGGCUUGGUCGCAGUCAAGGAAAUUUUCUUUUUCUCCGAGUAGCAUUUUCCCACAAAAUCAGUAUAGCUAUAAUUUUUUUUUUUAUCAUUUCAAGGAAAAAAAAAGUUUAACAGAACAUGUCUGAUAUAUAUUUGCAGAAAGAUGAGAAAGACUGAAAGUAUUUAACAUUUUAGAGCUGAAGUGUACGGUUGGUUACAUUUCCCUAAAAGCAUGUGGUACUGCCAAGAGAAAGUAGGAGGAGGAAAGACAGUAACACUAGAAAUGCAUUAGUAAAUGUAAAGUGAAUAUGCAGUUAUUGAACAGAGAUGAAUGUUGUCCUGUCUAAAAAAUAUUUUGUCCAGCACUUUCUUUAUGGAAUAGAAUAUUUCCAGUCUUUGCACUUAGAUAAGUUGGAAAGAUAAUUCCACACAAAUUGGACCAUUUGUGAGACCUGUCAAAUGUGAGAUGCCUUCCCUGGUGCGGUUAUAUAUAUAUUUUUUUUUCCCCAUGUUUAAAUUGUGUGUAAAUAUGAAGGUUACGAGAGUUGCCUUGUAAGUGUGAGUGAGGACACUGUAAAAAGCAGCAGCUCCUUCACUUAUGUGGGGAACCACAACUGAAAUGUCACUGAUGAGAAGGAAGCCCUGGCCUCUGCGACGUUGGAACGACCGCUUGUUGCCAGGCUUCUGCUGUGCCUUGUUGUGUUUCCACUGGGGUGUGUGAGUGUGGUAUUGAAGCAUUAGAACAUG